UCUCCUCUUGGGCACACACUCAGAUUCUAUCGUUCUAAAAGACGCACAGAGACACACAGAGACUCCCACGAUCAACAAGAAGAAGAAGCAGCAGCAGCAGCAGCGAUGCAUCCGAUAAAUGCGAUCAUGAUGACUCGGAUGCUGACUCGGAACUCGGGCCUCGCAUCAGAGAUUGGCGCCAUCCCUUUCGGAUCCGCCUGGUGGUUCAUUUACGCCGGCCUCUCCUGUUUCUUUGUCAUCUUCGCCGGUAUAAUGUCCGGCCUAACCCUCGGCCUCAUGUCCCUCGGCCUCGUCGACCUCGAGAUUCUGCAGCGCAGCGGCUCCCCGACCGAGAAGAAACAAGCAGCUAUUAUAUUGCCGGUGGUUCAGAAGCAGCACCAGCUGCUCGUCACUUUGCUUCUGUGUAAUGCGGCUGCUAUGGAGGCUCUUCCCUUAUAUUUGGAUAAACUGUUCAAUCAAUAUGUUGCUAUAAUUCUCUCUGUGACUUUUGUCCUGUUUUUCGGGGAGGUUAUUCCCCAAGCAAUAUGCACUAGAUACGGACUUGCUGUUGGCUCGAACUUUGUGUGGCUUGUGAGAAUUUUAAUGUUUGUUUGCUAUCCAAUUGCUUUUCCAAUUGGCAAGAUCUUGGACUGUGUUCUUGGGCAUAAUGAAGCAUUAUUUAGGCGAGCUCAGUUAAAAGCCCUUGUCUCCAUCCACAGCCAGGAGGAGGGCAAGGGUGGUGAGCUUACACACGAUGAGACAACGAUAAUUAGUGGAGCCCUCGAUUUAACUGAAAAGACUGCUGAGGAGGCUAUGACGCCUAUCGAAUCUACCUUCUCCUUAGAUGUCAAUUCAAAAUUGGACUGGGAAGCAAUGGGGAAAGUUCUUGCUCGUGGACAUAGUCGAGUUCCUGUCUAUUCUGGGAACUCAAAGAAUAUUAUUGGACUUCUGCUGGUGAAAAGUCUUCUCACUGUACGACCUGAAACAGAGACCCCAGUUAGUGCUGUUUCCAUCCGUAGAAUUCCAAGAGUUCCUGCAGAUAUGCCACUGUAUGAUAUAUUGAAUGAGUUUCAAAAGGGCAGCAGUCAUAUGGCUGCUGUGGUGAAGCCUAAAGCGAAAAGUAAAAUUCCUCGACCAACCAUUGAUGGAAAGAGAGAUGAAUGGAACGGCGACACUGGCAUGGACUCCCAACUGACUACUCCUUUGCUAUCCAAGCAGGAUGGAAAGCCGGACAGUGUUGUUGUUGAUAUACCCAGGAUACCAAAGCCCCCUCAUAGACACAAGGAAACUUUUUCACCCCAUAGUGAGAAAGCAACAAAUGGUUUGCUCCAGGUAUCAGAGGAUAUCGAGGAGGGUGAAGUCAUUGGGAUUAUCACUCUGGAGGAUGUAUUUGAAGAACUCCUGCAGGAGGAGAUUGUGGAUGAAACAGAUGAAUAUGUUGAUGUACAUAAAAGAAUACGUGUCGCUGCAGCUGCAGCUGCUUCAUCAGUGGCACGGGCUCCAUCGACUCGGAGGUUAAAUGUGAACAAGGGACCUGCCACUGGACAAAAUGCAGGCCAAAAAGUAAGCAAGGACUAACCCUCAAGAAAUCUGCUGAUGAUUGGUCCUCGGCAACAUUGCAACGGACUUCUGGCAAACCCCUUCUUGGAAAUAAGAGAUGUUUCAUCUUGCUCAUUCGUCAUUUCCUGAUCCGGUUGCUCCUCAGGGAAUUGGCUUUGACUUGCAUCUAUGAAAGUUGUUUGUUUUUGUUUUCGAUUUUUGUUCUCCGGGUGGCGGGUAGGUUUCGAUAGGGGGAGUUCUACAUUAGAUUGCAUAGGAGGAUAUCAUUGGAAGUUUGGUACCUUACUAAUUAUUUCCACUCGUUUUUUGGGUUCAUAUUAAAUCGAUAGGUCGAGCUGCCUCUUUGGCUGGCUCUACUUUUUGUUUUGUAAACGACGGUAUAUGGAGAAAGUAGUUCAACCCGUCUCUGACAAUUUUUGCAGAAUCAAUUUAACCCGUUCUCGACCAUUUUUCUAGAA